CAUGGAAGGAUUGAUGCAGAAGAGGCUGUCCACGUGACCGUGCACGGCGACCUGAUUCAUACGUCAGAUCCAAGUAGUGGCACUGGCGGUCGAUAAGAAAGUCAAAAAUAAUUUUCUGACCACUUUUCCAACUCUUUGUUCUGAAAGCAACAUCCCCAGCGCUUUCCAUUUCCAUCUCGUAUCCAACCUAAAACCGGCAUCGUAGAUCACCUUUACCAACGUAGAAUUCCGGCACAAUCUGGCUGGCCAGUGUAGUUAUUAUUCACUGCGCUGCUAUUCCAGACCCUGUCAGUCCCGUCCUAUUUUGGUGGCACGCCGCACGCACUAGCCAUUAAAACAACCCCACCAAGAUUGAUUCUUCCCCUCCAUCUCACACCCGCUCCAGGAUCCAACAACACCACGAAAACACCACAAUCCCGCAAAAUGGUGUCCGCAUCCAAAGCCGCCCGUGACGCAAAGAGAGCCGCCGAGGGAAAGGCUCCAAAAAAGACUGUCGCCUCCCGAUCAAAGGCAGGGUCGAAGACUGCAUCAGGCGCUUCGUCUGUCGCUGGUGACGACACUCCACCCCUUCUCGAUGCCGAUGGAAAUCCCCUUCCUGAUGACCAGCAGCCUGCUGGAAAGAAGGCCGAUGAGGUCAAGCGAUUGGCCGAGCAGAUGGAUAGGCAUGGUCUCUCCGACCGUGUUACCACCGGUGUGCUCAGUUCCCUCAAGCAGAGUCGAGACGUCAAGAUCACUUCCGUCUCUUUGACUUUCCACGGUCGCGUUCUCAUUACCGAUACCACCCUCGAACUCACAUAUGGUCGCCGAUAUGGUCUUCUUGGAGAGAACGGUUGCGGUAAAUCGACUCUUCUGAAGGCUAUCGAUAAGCGCGAGUAUCCUGUCCCAGACCACGUUGACAUUUACUUGCUCAACGAGGGUGCUCCUCCAAGUGAAUUGGGAGCCCUCGAGUGGGUCGUAAAGGAGGCAGAGAAUGAGAUGGAGAGACUUGACAAGCAGGCCGAGCAAAUUCUCGAGGAUGAUGGACCAGAAAGUCCUCUCUUGAUGGACCUCUACGAGGUAUUUCCCCCUGUUAUCUUAGACGAAUCACACCGCUAACCAAGCACAGCGUAUGGAAACCAUGGAUCCUUCUACCUUCUCAACCCGUGCAUCCCUCAUUCUUACUGGUCUCGGUUUCAACAAGAAAACAAUUACGAAGAAGACAAAAGACAUGUCUGGUGGAUGGCGUAUGCGUGUAGCUUUGGCUAAGGCUCUUUUCGUCAAGCCAUCGCUUCUUCUGCUCGAUGACCCUACUGCACAUUUGGAUUUGGAGGCCUGUGUGUGGUUGGAAGAAUAUCUUAAGAAAUGGGAUCGUACUCUGGUACUCGUUUCCCACAGUAUGGAUUUCUUGAACGGUGUAUGCACAAACAUGAUUGAUAUGCGUAUGAAGAAACUCAUCUACUAUGGUGGUAACUACGACUCUUACUCAAAGACCCGCUCCGAACAGGAGACCAACCAAAUGAAGGCAUAUACAAAACAACAAGACGAAAUCGUCCACAUCAAGAAGUUCAUCGCUUCUGCUGGUACAUAUGCCAAUUUGGUCCGACAGGCAAAGUCUCGACAAAAGAUUUUGGACAAGAUGGAGGCAGAUGGCUUCAUUCAAAAGGUUGAGGAGGAUCGGGUUUUCACAUUCAGAUUUGCUGAUGUCGAGAAACUUCCCCCACCAGUCUUAUCAUUCGACGACGUCACUUUCUCAUAUUCCGGAGACCCCAAGGACGACCUUUACAGACACCUCGAUCUUGGUGUGGACAUGGACUCUCGUACGGCUUUGGUUGGACCCAACGGUGUUGGAAAGUCCACUCUGCUUAAGUUGAUGACUGGAGCCAACUCACCCACCGGUGGAAUUGUCUCUCGUCACACUCAUUUGAAGAUGGGUGUCUACAGUCAACAUUCUGCUGACCAACUGGAUCUCACCAAGUCCGCUCUUGACUUCGUCAGAGACAAAUACGCCGACAAGAGUCAAGACUACCAAUAUUGGAGACAGCAACUUGGCAAGUAUGGUCUCAGUGGAGACUCUCAGACGGCCUUGAUGGGCACUCUUUCUGAAGGACAGAAGUCCAGAAUUGUGUUCGCCCUCUUGGCGAUUGAUGGGCCAAAUAUGUUGUUGUUGGACGAGCCUACUAAUGGUCUGGAUAUUCCAACCAUCGACAGUUUGGCGGAUGCUAUCAAUGCAUUCACUGGUGGUGUUGUCGUGGUUUCUCACGAUUUCAGGUGAGUUUAAAAGCAUGUGCUGGAGUGCCCAAUGGUUUACUGACCCAAACUAGAUUACUGGACAAGAUUGCCAAGGAUAUCAUGGUAUGUGAGCACCAGAGCAUUCGUAAGUGGGAUGGAUCAAUCGGAGAGUACAAGAACCACUUGAGAAAGAAGAUGAUGGCUGCUGGAGCCGUGUAAGGGGCUAGAAUGAAACGUGGAGAGAAAGCAGAGAAAGAAAAGUUUGCUGCUUCGAUAGUCAGUAUAUGCGAUAUAUCAAUGUGGCACAGAUUCGAUGCCCAUUGGUGCAAUGGAGACGAAGGUAUUCGCAU